UGGGCGCUCCUAUCGCCCUAUAUAAAUUUAUUUAAGAAUCAUUUAAGAAGUUAGUCAGUCAUCAUGUCACUUGCGGGAACUUCGGAUGUUGAAAACGAAGGCGGUUCGGACUACCGAACAUCAGCAACCCGGCCGAGCGGCCUAAGGGUAGGCCUUACUGGAAGAUCUCCGAGCAACGGCGGCUUUAAGGCCAGCACGCGCCUUUCGCAAGACAAACUCGCACUAUGGGAUAAUUCGCCUUCGAAAAAUAGAAACCACCACGAUUCGGAUUCUGAUGUAUCAGAAACUGAUCACUUUCUAACGAAAGGAGCUUUCCUGUUAACACCAUCGCACGAUUUAUCGAUGGAUCGAGCAGCUGGAAUUUGUGAAAAAAUGAACUUUAGGGGAUGCUUCAGUCUAACAAAAACAGCAACCGGAAUCCUUUUCAAAUUUUCAGAUACUCAAGACUACCAAGCCGUUUUUAGAAAGGGAUUUCACAAAGUAACAGGAGCGCGAUUCUAUCGCAAAGUUCCCAUACCCUGUCGGCCUCAAAAAACAUUCACUUUGUAUGUUUUGGAUGUACCAGAAAAUUUACCAGAAGAAGAUGUUCGUCACUCAUUGUACAAAUUUUCUUCAGUGGUUGAAGUUGUGCGAUUGUACCCACAAGGAUACAUCAGAAGGCCUCUAUCAUCGAUCGAGACAAGAUCGAUACCGAAUAGUCAAACACUUGAAACGAGAUCUAAUGCCGGCGAUAAAGAUGAUGGCAAAGAAGAUUGCAGUAUUCCAAUUAGCGCUGCUAAAGAUGCCGGACCGCCGCCCAUUAGGGUGACCGUUGCCUCUCACGACGAAUACAAGACAUUGCUGCAGAGCGGUUUGGACUUCUACGGCGCCACAUUUUUCCCAACAGAAACUUUAGCACCGGCCUGCGUCAAGCUGGCAACUAAGAAAGGAACAAGGCUGGUUGAUGGAACUUCUAUAUCUGGAAGAGUUCGAGAUUUAUUGCCUGUUUUCGAUGCAGAAGGAUUUUCUAAGAUACCACCCCCUCCAAGCAAACUCAUAAAACCAAGAGCAGCCUAAACAGAACAAUGAAAUUUUUACUCAAUGUUUACACACUA